AUGGUUGACCAGGAGCGCGCCAUCAUCGUCGGCGCUGGCCUUGCGGGCCUCGUGGCAGCGUACGAGUUGACGCAGCAGAACGUGCACGUUACAAUUUUGGACCAGGAGAACUCACAAAAUCUCGGCGGACAGGCUUUCUGGUCGCUUGGUGGCAUCUUCUGCGUCAACUCGACCGACCAACGCCGUGCUGGUGUCAAGGACAGCUUCGAGCUAGCGCGCACAGACUGGGCGAACACCGCGCGCUUCGACCGGGAUCGCGAGGACUACUGGCCGCGGCAAUGGGCGGAAGCGUUCGUGCAAUUCGCCAACGGCGAGAUGGAGCCGUACUUGAAGCGGCGCGGCGUGAAGUUCUUGACUGUGGGGUGGGCGGAGCGCGGCGGUGGCGACGGUCGAGGCCAAGGAAACUCGGUCCCGCGCUUUCACCUUACUUGGGGUACCGGCCCAGAGAUCGUGCGUGCGUUUGCCGAACCUGUACAACGGGCAGCAAAAAAGGGCCUGGUCGAGUUCAAAUUCCGGCACCAGGUCGACGAGUUGAUUGUGGAUCCGGAUUCGGGUGCUGUGGUAGGGGUGCGUGGAACUAUUCUCGAAGACUCUGAUGCUGAGAGAGGCGUAGCUUCGACGCGCACGGCAACCGACAAGUUUGAACUACGUGGUAAGGCGGUCUUGGUGGCAACUGGUGGAAUCGGCGGCAACGUGCAAGCAGUGAAGGAGAACUGGCCGCUGGACAGGCUUGGCCCAAAAGUCCCGGACUCCUUCGUCGUGGGUGUCCCAGCACACGUUGAUGGUCGCAUGGUACAGAUCGCCAAAAAGGCGGGGGCGAGCGUAGUUAAUUUGGAUCGCAUGUGGCAUUACACCGAGGGCCUGGCGAACUGGAAUCCCAUCUGGCCUUCACAUGGCAUCCGCAUCAUACCAGGCCCAUCGUCUCUCUGGCUGGAUGCAAAUGGUCAUCGCUUGCCACCCGCGCUCUUCCCAGGAACGAACACACUCGAAACCCUCCGCCAUAUAUGCUCCACCGGCUACGACUAUUCAUGGUUCAUCUUAAAUCGAAGCAUCGUGAGUCGCGAGUUCACACUCUCCGGUUCGGAACAAAAUCCCGACAUCACUGGCAAAAACUACCUGAAGCUUCUUCAGAGAUACUUCACGUGGUAUGGAAUACCUGCGGUACAGAAGUUCCUGGAGCACGGCAAAGACUUCGUUGUGGAGGAUAACCUCGAAGCCCUGGUCAGUGGCAUAAACAUAUUGGCACGAGAGAGGAAUGGACCCGUCCUGGAAUACGACGCCGUCCGAAAAGAGAUCGAGGCACGCGACUUGCAGUUGGCGAAUGCUUACAGCAAGGACGCUCAAUUGAUGCUGAUCGACAACGCACGCAAAUACAAAUGGGAUCGCUCGCGGGUCGCGCCAGCCCAUCGGCUUCUCGACCCUGCUGCAGGCCCUCUAAUUGCCGUUCGAUUGAACCUGCUCACAAGAAAGAGUCUGGGCGGUCUAGAAACCAAUCUUGACAGCAAUGCCAUGCGGGAUAAGGAUGAAGUCUUUCCUGGGCUUUUCGCGGCUGGGGAGGCUGCAGGCUUUGGAGGCGGUGGGGUACAUGGCUACAGCUCGUUGGAGGGCACAUUUCUGGGAGGAUGUAUAUUCUCCGGCUUGAAAGCUGGCCGAGCGAUGGCGCAGUUGUUUGACGGAGCGAAGCGCAGGGCCAAUCUGUAG